GCCCCCGCACACACAUAUGUGCGCACACUUAGUUCAGAACCGGUCGUAGCUGAGCGUACUCGUUGGCGCGCGCGCGCCUUUUACUCCUCUCACACGCACAAAAUGCACUUGUUGUCUUUCGAGUGCUUUACGCUAAUAAUCUGUCUGAUUGCGCAUGUGGAGAUCAGGGCGGAUGUGUCACCGGCACUGCUCUACGAUACGGGUGUCAAGGACUACUUAGAUAACAAUUACGACGGUUGCGUUGAGAAAUUGGAACGCGCUUUGGAACUAUACAAUAAAUACAGUGGUAAACUACGUCGUUGCAACUUGCAAUGCCACGCAGAAGUCGACUACGAUGAGCCGCUAUACAAGAUAGACGUGGAGGAUUUGCUGCAUUACGAGCGAACCAUCAAAAACACCCUGUGUCUUCUCAAAUGCAAGCAAAAGAAUAACAUUUUGGGUGUUUGGGAUCAAAUCGACGAUCACGUCAUCGAUAUUUUUGAGAAACGCAAACCGUACGAAUAUUUACAUGUCUGUUAUGCCCAUAAUGCGCAAUUUCAACAGGCCGCAAACGCGGCAUUCACAUAUCUCGUUGUAAAUCCAAACGAUGCCGGGGUCCUCGCCAGUCUUCAACAUUACGCCAGCCAAGCAAACUUAGCCGGAAGCGAUGUCAUCAACCGUGAAGCUAAGGAUUAUGUAUACUUGUAUGUGCAUGGCACCCGCGCCUACGAAGAAAAACAUUGGGACGAAGUCGUUCAAAACAUGGAGGCAUCUUUGGAGUCCCUACUGCAGGAGGAAGAGGAAUGCCGAGCGCAAUGCGAAGGACCCUUCCCGCAAGCAGCCAACGAUUUUAUUUCGAGCAUAGCAAACCAUUUUACGCACGUGUUAUUCUGCAAACGGAAGUGCAACGAUAAAUUAAGCACGCUCAACGGCGAGAAGCGCGACGAUUUACUUCCGAGCCAUUACCACUAUUUGCAGUACGCAUAUUUCAAAAGCGGUAAGCUGAAGGAUGCAUGCCAGGCUGUAGCAAGUUACUUACUUUUCUAUCCCGGCGACAAGACGAUGAUGCACAACAUUGAGUAUUACAGCACGCUGCCUAAGGUUGAGAAAGGUUAUUUCCAGCCACGAAGUGAUGCGCUCAAAUAUAUCCAUCGCCAUACUUACGAAUCAAAAAUAAUUGAUUAUAUUAAUAACGUCUUUGCUGUUGAGGCGGGAAAAAUCUUUCGUAGCGUUAAAGAUGCCAAAGAGGAGCAGAUUCAAGAGCUGCGCCCCAAAGCAAAGGUUAAAAGGUUUGCGUUAAGUAAAAUUGCAACCACUGAAGAAUGUCGCAGUCUAAUGCAUAUCGCUGAUUAUUUUGCGAUCCCUGGUGACGGUUACCAAGUGGGCGGGGUUCUCCCCACCCAAUAUGAAAAUUACGAUGGGUUGUCUCUGAAACGUGCCGCCGAUUUGUGGCGGCUCCAGCAGUUGGACGUCGGCUACUUAAACCUGCUGUUGAACGUGACCGCUAACGUAAAGAGGGCAUUGGAGUUUGAAUUCGAUAUUAGCAAACGUUUGCAUUAUGCGUACACGCACCUCGUGUGCCGCAGUGCGAAAUCGGGAGCAUCCGCUCUAAACCGCACCGAUUUUAGUCAUCCGGUACACGCAGACAACUGCAAUCUCCAGCUAAAUGGUACUUGUCCCAAGACCUGGCCAGCGUUCACGUGGCGCGACUACACCGCCAUUUUGUACCUAAACAGUGAUUUCCAGGGCGGAGAGUUGUUCUUCGCCAAUGACUAUUUCGGCCGUAAUGUAGAGCAUAUGAUCAAGCCUACGUGCGGUAGACUGGUGGGAUUUACCUCCGGCGGUGAGAAUCUGCAUGGAGUACGUGCCAUCAAAAAGGGCAAGAGGUGUGCGUUAGCGAUUUGGUUUACUUUUGAUCAACGCUAUGCGGAAAACGACCGCAAAUUUUUGUUUAACAUGUUAAUAUCAAAUAAAUGAUUAGGAUUGUUCCGAA